CGCUGGUGUUUUGUCGAAAUUGAAACCGAAAAUUCUUUCAUUAUUAAUUUUUUACUACACAAGUUGACAUUUCACGUGACCAUGACUGUAUAACAUAGUCUUUCAUUUAUAACAUGGUACUAAAAUAAUCUCUGAAUAUCAUAGUUUUAUUUAUGAAAAUCUUUCCGUUUCAUUUAGCGUCGUAGCUAACUUAUACACAUUGCUGUUAUGAAAUAGUUGAGGUUAAUCAUAUUAAGUUUAUAAAAAUUUAGUUUUAACUUUGGAUAUGAAAUAUUUAACCUUUUACCUUACGAUCAAUUAUCACUAUAGUUGUUUAAAUAAAAGAAAUUAAGAUGGGGAUCUCAAAAAAUGUAAAUGAUAUUGUAAGGGUAUUUACAGGUAGUAGAAAAUCCGCUUAUUUAUGGAGAAGUUCUUACAUCUGCCGUAAUUUCUCUAACAAACAGGGGAAGUUGCUCAGUGCAGAGUCGAAGGCAUUUAUCGGCGUUCUUUCAAGAUCGUUUGGAUUGCCCACCCAAACAAUUCGACAAUUGCAUGCUAGUUUUUGCAAUAAUAAUAUAAGAAAGGAUAACGACAGUGAUAAACAAAAUCCAAAAAAGACACCAAAUGAAAAUGAUAAAAAUAACGACAAUGAAGAAAAACUUAAAUCAAUGGUCACUAAGGCAGUGCUUUGGUUAUUUACAAUUUAUAUGUUGAUUGCAUUUUUUACAUUAGUGAUGUCUCCUCGCACUGAUCGACCUGAGGGUUCAACACGGUACGUUUCGUGGAAUGAGUUUAUUCAUCAUAUGCUCGCUGCAGGUGAAGUUAAAGAAUUAAUAAUAAGACCUGAUAUGGAAAUGGUUACGAUUAUUUUACAUGACGGAGCUAUUAUUAAGGGAAGAAAAGUCUCGUCAACAAUUUUUCAUAUGGCUAUACCAGAUCCAACAAAGUUUGAAGAAAAACUACGAGAAGUUGAAAGGCGGCUGGGUAUUAGCGAAGGUGUUGCAAUUACUUAUGAUCGUCAAAGUGAUGUAACUGGUAGGAUUCUCAUAUUGCUUCUAUUCUUUGGUCUUCUCAUGGCGAUAGCGUCUCGUUUAAGAGGUGUUAAAAGCCCAUUAAGUAUGGAUACUUUCACUCAAAUGGGGAGAGCCAAAUUUACACUUGUUGAUCCUUUCGAUGGGGGCCGUGGAGUGUUAUUUAGAGAUGUUGCUGGCUUACAAGAAGCAAAACAGGAAGUAAAAGAAUUUGUAGAUUAUUUAAAAGCACCAGAGAAGUAUCAGCGUCUUGGAGCGAAAGUUCCCAAAGGAGCACUUCUUCUAGGACCUCCAGGAUGUGGGAAAACUCUACUUGCAAAAGCAGUGGCAACCGAAGCACAAGUUCCUUUUUUAAGUAUGAAUGGCUCAGAAUUUAUUGAGAUGAUUGGUGGACUUGGAGCGGCAAGAGUUCGUGAUUUAUUUCAAGAAGGAAGAAAAAGAUCACCUUGCAUCAUUUAUAUUGAUGAGAUUGACGCAAUUGGAAGGCAAAGGUCUGGUAAUGAAACUUUAACACAAGGAAGUUCAGGAGAAUCAGAACAAACUCUUAAUCAAUUACUUGUGGAAAUGGAUGGCAUGGCAUCAAAGGAAGGCGUAUUAAUGCUUGCAAGCACAAAUCGCGCAGAUAUAUUGGAUAAGGCACUUCUACGUCCAGGUCGAUUUGACCGUCACAUACUUAUAGAUUUACCAACAUUACAAGAAAGGAAAGAAAUAUUUGAAAAGCAUUUAUCCUCUGUAAAAUUAGAAACGCAUCCAUUUUCAUACUCUAAAAGGCUUGCACGUUUAACUCCGGGAUUUUCUGGAGCAGACAUAGCAAAUGUUUGCAAUGAAGCUGCUUUACAUGCAGCUCGAAAUUCUCAAAAAAUUGUUAAAUCAAAAAAUUUAGAAUAUGCUGUAGAGCGCUUAGUUGGAGGUACUGAAAAAAGAUCUAGUGCUAUAUCACCAGCUGAGCGGAGAGUUAUCGCGUAUCAUGAAUCUGGACAUGCACUUGUUGGAUGGCUAUUACCGAACUCCGACAUUUUAUUAAAAGUAACAAUAGUUCCUAGAACAAGUUUAACUUUAGGAUUUGCACAAUAUACACCCAAUGAACAACAACUUUAUUCGAAAGAGGAGCUUUUUGACAAAAUGUGUAUGGCAUUAGGUGGAAGAGCUGCAGAAAAUUUGAUCUUUAAUCGAAUAACAACUGGCGCUCAAAAUGAUUUGGAAAGAGUUACAAAAAUAGCCUACUCUCAACUUAAAAAGUAUGGAAUGAAUGAUGAGUUGGGUCCAAUUUAUGUCUCAGAUGCUGAAGAAGCUGGUACUUUCGGAAGGCCAUUUUCUAAAUCUUUGGAAAAUGUUAUCGAUGUUGAGGUCAGAAAUUUAAUAGCCAAUGCGUAUAGCAAAACAGAAUUAAUUCUGCAAAAUAAUAGAGAUAAAUUAGAGAAGUUGGCCGAAGCGCUUCUAGAAAAAGAAACUUUAAACUAUGAUGAAGUUGUAGCUUUGAUUGGUCCGCCUGCUUACGACGCCGGGAAACGAAUUAUUGAACCAGUUGAAUUCGAAGAGUCUUUGAAAAAUUUAAGCAGUGAUGCAAAAUAAUUUGAUUUUGUUUUAUUUCUCUUCGUUAUUACACUAGUCAAUAAAUUAGAAUAUUUUAAAAUUUA